AUGCUUGAGGAGGAAGAGAUUAAUCUUAAAGGCAAAGUAGAUGGAAUUACUAAAGAUACUGUCAACGGUCUCGAGGCAAUUCACUCCAAGAUCCACGGCCUGCAAACAGGGACGCUUGGCACUAAACCCGCUGAAAUUGGCAAAGCCGUCGAGCAAAUUAAGACGCAACUUGGCACUCUCAGAACUACGCUGCAAAAUCCGACUAGCAAUAAUAAAGAUGAUGUUAUAAACAGGUUGAAAGAUAUGCAAAACAAGGGGCUUGGUGAAAAGGAAAAUGAAAAAUGGCAGCCGACUCAAAAUGGUGUCACAGUCGACGGCCUCGGGAAAAUCCAUGUGGACAUCAAAAAGCUUCAUGACACUCCGUUUACUCAAAAUCCGCAAACAAUUGUAGAAUCCGUAAAAGUUAUAAGCUCGACGCUUACAGGCCUUCAAGGUGAUUUGCAGAAUAAUGUCACCGAGAAGUUGACGGAGUUGAAAACCAAGGGGCUUAAGGAUGGUGGUGUAAACUGGGAUGGUAAUGGUAAAAACUCCAAGGGAUUUGAGAAUAUUAAAAAAGAGAUUAAUGAACAAAAUACAACCUUAAAAGAAAAAUGCGAUGAUAUUGACAGAGCUCUAAAUAAAAUUAGGUGGGAACUUACACAUAUUGGAAUAAAGUUGGAUAUGCCCCUAGAUUACGACGAUGUCAUGGAUCAGUUACGGUUGUUGGGAGUGAAGAUCGGCAAGUGUCAAAAGAUAGGCCUUGAAAAGAUUCAAAAGGAGAUCAGUGAGCUCCAAGAAAAACCGUUUAAUACGCAUCCACAAGCCAUCCAGGAAGCCAACGAGGCAAUUAAGGAGGAACUUCAAAAACAAAGAGAUGCUUUGAAAAGUGAAGUCACCGAAAAGCUGACGAAAUUGAGAGGAAAUGGCCUCGAGGACGGCGGAGCCGACUGGACGGACGACACAAAAGAUGUCAGUGGCCUCGCUAAAAUCAAGGAGGAAAUUGACACGGCGUUCACGGGCAUUUCAGACUACGCCAACGCAAUCAGCGUAGACCACAUAACGAGUGGGCUUCAAAAGGUCUCCGACAACAUCAAGGAUCAUGUUGGCAUUCUCACUUACCGCAUAAAAGAGACGACGGAGGCCGUGCAAAGGAAAUUGCAACAAUUCGUAAGUGAGAUGCUUUUCAAGAAUCUUGGCGCCACGGCGUCCGACGGUAAGUCCCUGCAGGAAAUCCACGAUGAGCUUCAUAGGCUGCGCACAUGGGACUUGGGUAGCGUCAUAAAAUCACUCGCGGCGUUUGAUGAGUACGCAGACAGACUGCGGAACGAGACCAUCAAGGAGCUAACGGCGUUCGUGAGCAGGGAACUGGACGGUGUGGCCGCCGAGCUGACUGAACACGAGCGCAGGCAUUACGUCUCCAGUGUGCAGAGUGCUCUGACAUUCUUCGCCAAUACAGUGGCCGCCGAGCUCAAAGGGCUGCCGCGUGCAAUUGAGAGUGACUUGGAGAUAGGCUUCAAAGGCUUCAUGAGUCAGGCUGAAGGGAAGGGCGGUAAAAACAUAAAUUUGCUUGCCGAUGAAGACAGCGCCACCGGCGUCCGUGAUCUGUCUUACAUGUUUGGUGUCUUCUUCGGGAGGCUAAUGUUGUACGUCGCCACAGAGAUCAAGAGGGUCCAUGAGGAAGAAAAUGCCAAGAAAAAUCCGUCGCUUCCCAAGGCACAAGAUCACUACGCUGACAGACUUAAUGACGUUCACGCAGCGCUAACAGCCUUACUCAGCCACUUGACUCAGCAGCAAAGGUACGACCAUGAGGUUCCCGGACUACUUGAUAAACUGGACUCGGCAGCGUCGCAGCUGCGGCCUGAGGCGUUCGGCAGACCAAGCACCCAGGUGCUGGACGGCGUGGUGAAUGGGCUUCGGGGCCUUGUCUCAGAGCUGCGAAACGUGUACAUAAGCGCUUAUGACGGUCAGACGUUUGAGUGUGCCCUGGCCAGAAGUGACGCUGUCACCGAGGCCAGAGAAGCUCCGGGCGCAAUUGCCGUCACCGUAGAAAAUGUAGGCCACCUGACGCCCUACGGAAAGAAGUGCGCCAAGGUGUUGCUCACGAUUAUUACUAUUAUGCACGAUGAUCUCAAUCACCUGGUAGAUAGAUGCGAACGUGACUGGGGAAAUCACAGAAUCGCUCUACAGACCCAUGAUCAAAAGGACAAUCCCCUCGGCAGUUGCCUCCACAACUGCGGCUACAGGGUGGCCGAUGAUGACGCCGCGCAGACCGCCGAACUCAGAAAUGACUGCGCGGCCACAGAGAUUUCCCAGCUCCUCAAGGCGCCUGUCAGCGGCGCAGACGACGACCGUCACCUCCAGCAGUGUGCCUCGAAUGCGAAGCUGAAGACUUCGGACUUCCAUGUCAUCGACAUCAUUAAUUGCCUCAUCCAACACCUCAAUGAAUAUUAUGUUUGCUGCCAUCUCAAUGUACCGCAGUCACCCAAACCACCGUGCUCCGUGUACGAGAUGCUCGUGUGGCUCUCCGGCCUCCGCCACAGCCGCGCGUACGAUGCACUCAAGCGGCACGUUAGAGCCGCAGUAGAGACAGAAGACGCUCAGUCUGGCGAAACGAACCCGUACACCCUAGCCGCGCCAACAGCCUUCAGCGCCGGCAACAUGUUGUUUCUGCUCGACCACAUGACAUCGCAAUCAUAUUACCUCCUUGUUUGCAUACUCGGCACCGGCGACGCCCACACCGUCUACGCCUCCGACUUCCCUAACAACUCAUGCAAACUACAAUAUCCCACCGACGGCGAGGAGUGCUUUCACCUGCUGCUUGAUAUACUGCGUAGACUCUUCCCGCCCCUCAAGUUCCUCUCAGCCCGGUGCGGCCUCGGCGCCAGACAUCACGGCUGGGCGCAGUGUAAGUACGGCAAGAACGUCACACCAUAUACGUGGCAAUGCGCUCCUCCGGUUACCGCCCUGCCUAGCCCUCACCCGGAGUGCACUGAUAAAUCGCCGUUGAUGUCCUAUCUGAACGACUGUUUGCCCGGACAUCUGCCUCACCAGUUGGUCUCCGUUGGCUGUGAGCCUGUAUGUCAGACGUGCCCCAGUGGAGCAGAUGGGAUGCCCUGCCUCACGCCACUCGGCUUCCGGGGUUUCUCGGGCAGCACCAAGACGGGCAAGCAGCUGUGCAAGGCGCUGACCAAAUUCCUGUGUAACGACCAUGUUACGUGCAUCUUCACACUGCUACCCAGGCCGCCGAUCUCACUGCCGGAGCACUUCGGCUUUGCCUUGUCACUCGCGGCGGGCACCAACAUCCGCAUCCCAGACAGAAGGCCUAACCACGAGACGCUUGCUGACGCCUUUGGUGCCUCCACCAACAGCCUGUCACUCGGCCUCUACAAGACCGGUGGCCUUGUCGCCGCCCUCACCCACGCCUACGGCGCCGGCUCCGUCGACCACGCAGACUGCCAGCACCACCACCUCAAGCAUCUCGCAACCCACAACUUCUGUACAGGCAAGAGCAGGAACAUGGGCUCCGCCGCAUACCUCUCAUCGCUCUGCCACGACGUCUACAACCAUCUCGCCCACAGGCACUCCGACCUCUAUCUCUCAUGGGCCGUAUACCUCCCAUGGCAGCUGUGGCAGCACCUUGAGCGUCUACACGGCGCCCUCUGCAGUAUCUCCUGCCACGACUGGGGAUGCCGUACGUGCCUUCACGGCGACACCUGUGUGCCAGGGCGGCAUGGCCUCUGUGAUGACAUGACCGAGUCGCCGCGUUGCCACUGCACCUCCGUUGUCCAGUGCAGCGGUGUCUCACCGACGUUGUACAAUUACGGCUUCACCUUCAGGGACGCAUCGGCGCUGAAUCGUGAGGACUCGCCAAACACCUGCGCCCAACUCUCCCAACUCCUCACCAACGUCCUCCACUCCCGGCACUUCACCAACCUCUUCCACCACUGCGACCAGUUCCUCUGGGAAAUUAGGACACCGUUCCUCUUCACCCUCGUCGCACUCUGGCUCACCGCCACGCUCUACAUCGCCCACUCGCUACUCUACCGCAUGGACGUCCUCCGCAUCCGCUCCCACCUCCUCACCACCAGGGCCUCACACCUCAUCGACGUCAAGGCGCUGCUCGCCGGGAGCCGCAGGAUGCUAUCGCUCUACAACGACUGGAUUGAGGCUGCGGACGCCGCCGUUCAGGCGGCUAAGGUGAAGGCGGAACAGGUACAUGGGAGGUUGGAUCAUAGUGAUAAUAAUGGUCAUCCAAAGACUCCGAUUGGUCAGGGGGUUAAGCAGAUUAGGGACGCCAAGGAUAAAGUUAAGCAAGUUGAUGACGCGCUUCAAGCUGUUCACACCGAUUUAGGUAACUGGAAAAAUGCAGCAAACAGUGUCCUCAGCGCAGCGGUUGACAAAGCAAGAGAUGUCCAUGGCAAGUUGGAUCCUAAUCAGAAAGAUAAAGAGAAUCAUAUUAUUGGUCAUAACAUUAGUAAUAUUGAACAGGCUAAACAAGGAAUUGUUACCGCAAAUGAAACGCUUCGUCAACAAGUUACCAGCCUUGCCAACUGGAUCACCACGGCGGAUGGUAUCCGUCAAAAGGCGCAGGAAAAAGCGGAAGAGGCUUACAAGAAAUUGGACGUUAACGCUGAAUUGAGCAACAAUGUUAAGAAGAUUGUUGACGCCAAUGAGCGAAUUAAAGGAGUGCAUAACAGUCUGAAUGGUGUUCACGGAAGUUUGAAUAGUUGGAAUCAGCAGGCCGGGAAAGUGCUUACAGGGGCGAUUGGAAAGGCGACGCAAGUUCAUGAUGCGUUGGACAUUGUUGAUGCAGGUAAAGGACAGACAUUGAAGACACACAUUGAAGGAAUUAGCUCAGUUAGUGGCUUAAUUAAAAAAGCAAAUGAGAGUCUUAAAACUGAAGUUGAAAAUUUAGGUAAGUGGAGUAAGGCCGCCAAGGAUGUUAUUACCAAGGCGGAGCAGAAGUGUGAGGAGAUACUUAAGAGGGUGGAUGACAAGACGAAGGGAUCAGGCCAAGUUGCAAUUAAAGAGCAUGCUGACGAAUUGAAGAAAAAAGCUGAGAGUCUUUUGGAAGCCUACAAGGAGGCCUAUCCCAAAGUUCAGCAUCUGGUAGAGGAUGUUAAAAAUGCCGUUAAAGAUUUGGAAGCCAGCAUGAAAGAGGAUUUGGGGAAUAUCAGAAAUAGAAUUGUAGAAGAGAUGAAGACACAUGUUGGCGGGAUGCUUGGUGAAAUUAAGAGCAGUGUGGAGAGCAUUAAGGGGAAGGAUAGGGGUGAUUGGAAAAAUUCAGGUGCCUCAGGUCUUCUGGGAAUCGCACAGGCGGUGCGUAAUUAUGCCACUGAAUUUCGCCACGAUAAAUUUGCAGAAAUUGCCAAGGGCUGGUUGGAAGCCACAAUCUUGAGGUACAACGGCACCGUGCGGAGGAUACUCGGCAUGGAGCAGGAGUAUAAUGAGAGUAGAGACAGCAAUAUAAAGGAGUUCGCGAUUGAAAUGAAAAAGAGGCUUAAAACAGAUGUUAUUGGUAUAGCCACAGACGCUUUCCAAAAUGUUAAUACCGUCAGCGGCACAAUUCAACAAAAUAUCACCGCUGUUAAAACAGCCUGUGAGAUAUUUGCCAACGCGCUUGAUGAAGAACUGUAUAAUGGCACAAAACAAACAGUCAACCAUGUAAAGGAUGUCGCGCUGCAGAAGGGAUCCCUCAACGCUAAGAUUGAAAAAUGCGUCUGCGAGUGCGAUAAUUGCAAAAAGCCAAACUGUGGCAAAAAAGCCGCCGCGGAAUUGAUAAUGUGCGCGCUGACAUCUACAGUGAGACAGGUCGGCAACGAGCUUGAAUCUGUAUUUCUAGGCGGCGGUGCAAAGGUGGGCGACAAAAGCAUCGCAAGCGAAUUGGACAGCGUCGUCAGCCUGACUAGGACGCUGGACGAUAAUCUGGGAGAGGCGGAAAAAGAGGCGAGAAAUGGUCCACAACCUCCCACCUCCGGUAACCAGGACAAUGAAAUUUUGAACAAAGUUAAGGGGGUUGAGCAGCAGGUUAAAAGUGCGAUGAAGGAAACGACGAGCAUUGAUGAGAACUUCAAACAAAUCAUGCCACUUUAUGAAGCGGCGAAGGGUGAAAACGGUGUCGGUGACCAUAAAUAUCACAAUUUGCUGAAAACUGAUAUCCCCAACGCACUUAAGGACUUUGCGCCUCAUGUCGACAACGGAAAGAAUGAAGGAAUCAUAAAACAAAAAACAGAAGAAAUUAAAAAACAUCUCUCCACAAUAGACGGAGAACUGCAAGAAAUCGCCGGGAUGGUCCAGCACGAAAAGAAGCAGCUGCCACAAGGCCAAAAGCCAGACGGCGUCAAGGAUUACCUGGGGGACUUGAGAGGGAUGGUUACUCAGAAUGGUGAGCAUAGUAUUUCCUCCAAGCUAGAUGAUGGUACAGAGAAAAAAGUCCAAGGCCUCGCCGCAAUUCACUCCAAGAUCCACGGCCUGCAAACAGGGACGCUUGGCACUAAACCCGCUGCAAUCGACGGAGCCGUCACCCUUAUUAAGGCGGAGCUUGGUAAGCUUAGAGAGAAGUUGAUGAAUAAGCUGAAGCCAGGAGAUGAUGUGAUAAACGCUUUGACGAUGUUGAACACCCGUGGUCUUGGCUCUGGUUCGUGGUACAAUGUAACAAAUAUUUGGAAUGGUGGCCAACAUGGUGUUACAACAGUAGACGGCCUUGAAAAAAUCCAGAAGCAACUUCAGACUCAGAACGAUGAAUUGCCUAAACAGACAACAGAAAUCGAUGAGGCCAUUAGAGAAAUUACUUGGCAACUUCACCUCACAAGAUUCAAGUUGGAUCAUAAACACAGCACCGAUGAUAUCACCGACCAGUUGAAGUGGCUGGGCAGGAAACUCGGCAAAAAUGGAGACAAGGAUCGCGUUAACCUUCAAGACAUUUAUGAGAUGAUUUCAUGGCUGCAAAGGGAGCAUUUUACCAAUUGUCCCCAAAUCAUCCAGGGAGCCAACUCAGCAAUUAAAGUGGAACUUGGCGUGCAUAGGAGCACGCUGGACAAAGAUGUCAUCAACACACUGGAAGAUUUGAAGGACAAAGGGAUGAGUGAAGAUGCGGAUUGGAAUGAUGAUAACAAUGCUAAGGGCUUGGAGAAUAUUGAAAAUGGCCUUCACGCUCAACAAAGUGAGUUGCACAAACAGCCCACUGAAAUAAAGCAAGGCGUCGACAAAAUCACCGCGGAGCUUGACGAGCUGAGGAGUGAGUUGCAGGGUAAGGAUGCCGGUGAGCCAAAAGAAAGAGGCGUGAUGAGGAAUAUGGAAUUCAUGAUAGAGAAGAUUGGAACAAAUGAUGACGAUAAGGAUUGCCUCAAGAAAAUCAAGAAAGACAUUGAAGAGCUCAAUAGGGACACAGUCCCUGACAUCAACAAAUUCCUUGGUGAACUGUGCGCCAAGAUUGCGAGCGAAGCCGGCAGUGUCGACUGGCAGUUGGGGCUUUUCAAAGAGAAUGACAUCGACAAAGACCUCGAAAAAAUCAAGAGUGACAUCCACACCCUCCGCACCGGUGACCUUCACAAGACCAUCGCCAUGUGCGACAAGUUCCUCACCAACGCCGAUUACAUAAAAUGGGAGAAAGUAGAAAACAUUGAACGCUUCGUAGACAGUGAGAUUGAAAAGGCAAUCGCGGAGCUCACCAAGCAGGCGCGGCGUGACUACGUGGAGUCCGCGAAGGACGCGCUGAAACACUUCGCCGACAAGGUGGCCGAGGAGCUGGGGGAGCUGCCCGGCGAGAUAAACAGGGAUCUCUUCGUGGGCUACAAGGGCUUCAUGAGGCAGAUGGAGGGUGAGCGCAGCGAAAACAUUAAUAGGCUAAGGAACGUGCAGAGCAGAAUGCUCCGAGCAUUGUCCUCCGCGUUCCAGAAUUUCUUCGCGCCGCUCGACGAGUAUCUCCGCAGGGAGAUCCAAAGGGAAAAGAAGGAGCGCGACGACGAAAAGAAUCCCUCACUGCCGAAGUCGGAAGAGCCCUACGCCGCCGAGUGGGACGCCGUGCACAGCGAUGUCAACGCCCUGCUCAAUUACCUCUGCGUGACGCAGGGCUUCGACGACAGGCUGCGAGGCCUGCUCCACAACCUCACCGACGCGCUCACACAGCUGAGGCCGCAGGGCUUCCAGAAGCCCUCCACUCCCACGCUGGGCUCCGUGAGCAGGGGACUCAGUGCCUUCGCCGGUGAGUUCGGCGGUGCGUACAUCUCCACUUACUCGGGCGCGGAGUGCCGGGAGGCUGACGCCGACAAGUACGCCAAGGUGUUGCUGAGCUUGAUCCCGAUGACGCACGAGGCGCUUACCAAUUUGGCAGACAAAUGCGGCACCAACUGGAAGAGCAACAAAAUAUGCAAGCUCACCGGCGACGACAGGGACAACGGCCUGGGCAACUACCUCACCAAAUGCGGCUUCAAGGUGUCACCCACCGACGGACUCCAGGUGGGGGAAUUGCAAAACCACGGCGACAUGAACGGUGAGCAAAUUCAUGCUUUGCUUAAAUCACCAAUUCUCGACGUGGCCGUCAAAAUGCUGAUCGACGGCAAGCCUGCGGAAAACGGAAUUAAUGUCGUUGACUUAAUUGGUCUUCUUCAUAACAUGCUUUGUCGCUACCUCCAGGUCUGCCACCUUAAAGUACACGAAUCGCCCAGGUACCCCUGCACGGUGAGGGACAUGUUGUCUUGGCUCUCAGGCCUGCAGUACACUCCGGUGGCGGACAAACUGCCUGACCACUGCAGGGCGUUGCUCAACCGCAAGUGCGACGAUAACGAUGCCCCCAACAGGGACGACGCUGUCAUGGCACAGUGCAUAAAUGGCCUGCCCUACACUAUCGCAGAAGCGUGUUCACACGCCGACUUGCUGCUCAUCGCAAUCCAGGGCCACGGCCGCGGCUUUGACCUCGCCGCCUACCCCUACUCCGUCGACUUCGCCAACAACACCGCACAGCUGUACUACCCGGACGACCCCGCCGAGGUGCUGGAUAUGUUGAGGGGCAUAGUAUGCCGCCUGUGCUCAGUGCUCUACUUUCUGUAUGCUCAGUGCUGCCGUGCCACCGCCACAACCAAGGGCUGGCGGGAGUGCCACUACGGCCGGCAGGCCACCGACGCAAGUCACAACUGCCCGCCCACAUCUCCGCUGCAGUCGUUCCUCACAGACAGCUGUCCCAGCCUCCUGCCGCAUAAGCUUACCGCUACUGACAAUGCCAUCGAAUGCGUCGACUGCCCCGGCAAUCAACCAGGCCAGCAGUGCCUCACCCCGCUCGGCUUCUGGGACCUUGGCCUCGCUGCCUCAGUAGCGCGUACCGGCAAGGAACUUGCGAAGUCACUCGGCCGUCUCUGCAGUGACGCCGACGCCUGCCUCUUCCAACUCUGCCGAACGCUGCGCUUGCUGUGCCCCUCAGCACCGCAGUCACUCGGCGACGUGUUCGCGCUGUUCUUCCAAAUGCUCAGAAUGUGGAACCACGAAUCGUCCCGGCGUGCGUACUCUCACCAUGAGAGUUACCUAACGCAUCUGAACGGUGAUGCUAUAAACAGUCUCUUCCCUCUGUGGCCGCAGCUCCACGGCAGUUACCGUGCCAAUCUCACCGACGCGCUCAAGGCACUCGCCGGGCACGACCAUGACAACUCAGGGCACAAUGCCCUCUCAUGUCUCUCCGCCGAGCCUCCUUGUCAAUCACCCAGUGGAUGCGCCCCCUUCCUCCAGCCGCUGGCGCUGCACGCCAACCACACCUUCCCGCAGAAGCACGCACAGCUGUAUGUCUCGUGGAUAGUGUGGCUGGCAUGGCAGCUGUGGGAGCUGCUGGAGUCCCUGCUGGACGCCUUGAACAACAUCGACUGCACGGCCCACGGCUGUGCCACGUGCCUCUGUCAGCCAAGCAACCACAACGACAAGGACUCCUGCCACUGCCCGUCACUCGUCGAAUGUGGCGGACCUCUGCCGACACUCUACCGCUACGGAUUCACGUAUCGCAACGCCCACGCCCUGCUCGCCGGCAGCCAGAAGAUACGGUGCAGUGACCUCAACGACCAACUCACCAAGGCACUCCACUCCGACCACUUCACUCAACUGUUCCACCAGAUCGACCAACUGCUCUACACCAUCCGUAUGCCCUUCCUCUUCUGCCUCGUCACACUCUGGCUCACCGCCACGCUCUACAUCGCCCACUCGCUAUGCUACCGCAUGGACGUCCUGCACAUCCGCUCCCACCUUCUCACCACCAGGGCCUCACACCUCAUCGACGUCAAGGCUUUGCUCGCCGGCAGCCGCAGGAUGCUCUCACUCUACAGUGACGUAGACUACUUCGACGACGACUUUCACUCGUGA